AAUAAAAGCAGUAUCCUUUCCCUUCUCUGUUCAAAUAGAAGCGGUUCCCGCAGGCCCACUCCUCCCUCUCUCCCUCUCUCCCAUGGCUUCUUCCAAAGAAGCCAAGAAACUGCUCAAGAACCUCCACCAAGGAGUCCCCUGCUUCCAAAUCGCCCUAACAUUCAUCACAGUCCUCACCACCUUCUUCUUCAUCUUCCCCAUCCCUCACCCUUUCACCAACUUCUCCUCCUCUUCCUGCACCACUGAUAACCUCAUGAUCCCAUCAACUUCCCCAGCCAACACUUCGCUUUUCUACGACAAGCUUCGAUUCACAACAUUGAAGAAUAAGGGGAUGAGGAGAAGUAGAUCAAGUCAUGAUAGCAAUGACUGUGAUUUCUUUGAUGGGAGGUGGGUGGAGGGUGGUGGAGAGAUGAGGGCUUUGUAUGAGGCUGGGUCUUGCCCUUUUGUUGAAGAAGCUUUCAACUGCUUCAACAAUGGCAGACCGGAUUUGAAUUAUACUAGGCUGCGGUGGCAGCCGAAGGCUUGUUCCUUGCCCAGGCUAGAAGGAAGAAGCCUGCUCGAGAUAUUGAGAGGGAAAAGACUAGCCUUUGUUGGCGAUUCUCUGAAUCGAAACAUGUGGGAAUCACUACUCUGCAUCCUCAGAAAUUCAUUAAACAACAAAAAUGGAGUUCAUGACAUAACCGGCAAGAAUGGCUUCAGAAACGAGAACUUCUAUGCCUACAGAAAUACUGAAUACAACUGUACAAUCGAAUUCUUUCGAGCUCCAUUCCUAGUCCAGGAAUGGGAGACACGGAGCUCCAAUGGCAGCCGAAAGGAGACCCUUCGGCUGGACAUGAUGGACAAUACCUCUUCGUUGUAUAAAACAGCAGACGUGAUUAUAUUCAACACUGCACACUGGUGGACGCAUGAGAAGACUUCUAAAGGGGUGGACUUCUACCAGGAAGGCGACCAUGUUCAUAAGAAGCUCAGUGCUGAUGAGGCUUAUCACAAAGCGCUGAUUACCUGGGCUCGGUGGGUGGAUGAGCAUAUUGACGCUAAACGCACCAUUGUCUUCUUCAGGGGAUACUCCUGGUCUCACUUCAGAGGUGGACAGUGGAACUCCGGUGGCAGCUGUGAUGGAGAGACUUCACCUAUUCUUGAGGACAGGCAUCUGGCAAAAUACCCAAACCUGUUGAAAAUAGUAGAGCUGGUUAUAAGAGAAAUGAAGACUCCAGUUUUGUAUCUCAACAUAACAAGGAUGACAGAUUACAGGAAGGAAGCGCAUCCUUCCAAGUACCGCUUCAAAGAGGAGAAGCGAAGGCUGGGAGCGAGCCAGGAUUGCAGCCACUGGUGCCUUCCAGGGGUUCCUGAUGCAUGGAAUGAGCUCAUGUAUGCUAUGCUUUUGAAGAGAUUAGGAAGGUGAGGCUGCGAGGAAGAACAGAGCUGUUUGUACAUAGGGAGGAAGAUGCAAUACAGGUUAUUUUGAAGGAUCUGCUAAAAGGAAUUUGGAAGACUUGAGGAUGAAGGAAUUUGAAAGCUUUAGAUGAUACAGUUGCUGUUACUGUAGCAAGGUCUCAGAGGGCUAUAGUCUUGUGAUUUGUAUUGGGUGUUUCGUUUUAUUCUGGUUGAAAGUUUGUAAACAGAACCAACAGGCGAAGCCACAUAUUGGAAUUUUCUCACAGAUGAGCCAAAGGUUAUGAUAGCAUUUCACAACUUAU